UCACAGUGCCGACACGCACACGCGUGCACACACACACACACACACACACUCCAGCUGCCAUGAGCAGCGCCGCACUUCUCUCAGAGCAGCACUUUAAACACACACACACACACACACACACACACACACACACACACACAAUUGGAUUUCUCUCCUGUUCUCCUGCGCGUCUGACUCUUGGGAUGUGUAAAAUAACGCUGAUGAAAGCUGCGCGCGUCGUGCGUAAAGAGCGCGAGCGCUGUCCGCGGUGCUGAAGUCCGGCACGAGGGCAAAGGGAGUGUGUGAGAGAGAGAGAGAGAGAGAGAGAGUGUGUGUGUGUGUGUGUGUGUGUGUGUACUAAAUCCUCGCCAUGACUCGGAAAAGGUUGCGGUGUGUAGCUGUGCGGGGAUUCCUGGCGUGGGAAGUGGCGCUUUUAGUGAGUUUGGUGGCCACAAAGGACCCUGAAAGUCCUCGGGGGAGAGCCGUACCCAUGUCUCCGUCAGACUUUCUGGACAAGCUCAUGGGAAGGACCUCGGGCUACGACGCCAGAAUUAGACCCAACUUCAAAGGUCCACCUGUGAACGUGUCCUGUAACAUAUUCAUCAACAGUUUCGGCUCCAUCGCUGAGACGACGAUGGAUUACAGAGUGAACAUCUUCCUGCGGCAGCAGUGGAACGAUCCACGCCUGGCCUACAGCGAGUACCCGGAUGACUCUCUUGACCUCGACCCCUCCAUGUUAGACUCCAUCUGGAAGCCGGAUCUGUUCUUCGCCAACGAAAAAGGUGCGCACUUUCAUGAAGUCACCACCGACAACAAGCUGCUGAGGAUAUUCAAGAACGGCAAUGUCCUUUAUUCCAUAAGACUGACCCUGACGCUUUCAUGUCCGAUGGAUCUGAAGAAUUUCCCCAUGGAUGUACAGACAUGCAUCAUGCAGCUGGAGAGCUUCGGCUACACGAUGAACGACCUGAUCUUUGAGUGGCAGGAGAACGGACCCGUGCAGGUGGCUGAAGGACUCACGCUUCCUCAGUUCAUCCUGAAGGACGAGUCUGAUCUCAGAUACUGCACCAAGCAUUACAAUACAGGAAAGUUCACAUGCAUCGAGGUGCGUUUUCACCUGGAGAGGCAGAUGGGUUAUUACCUGAUCCAGAUGUACAUCCCAAGUCUGCUCAUCGUCAUCCUCUCCUGGGUGUCCUUCUGGAUCAACAUGGAUGCCGCUCCUGCUCGCGUAGCUCUGGGCAUCACUACAGUGCUCACCAUGACCACACAGAGCUCCGGCUCCAGAACCUCUCUGCCUAAGGUCUCCUAUGUGAAGGCCAUAGAUAUCUGGAUGGCCGUGUGUUUGCUCUUCGUGUUCUCGGCUCUGCUGGAGUACGCAGCGGUGAACUUCGUGUCAAGGCAGCACAAGGAGCUGCUGCGGUUCCAUCGGAGGAGAAAGAAGUUGAGAAAGGAGGAGGAGGUGCGUGAAGGCCGUCACAGCUAUACCCCUAACGCAGGGAAAGACAUCCCGGUGGCCAAAUCCACCAAUAACACGGGCUCUAACUCGCUCCAGGCCCAGACGAGCGCUAACGUCACUAACAAGAGUGCAGAGGAGAUGAGGAAGCUCUUCAUCGACCGCGCCAAGAAGAUCGACACCAUAUCACGCGCUGGCUUUCCUCUGGCCUUCCUCUUCUUCAACAUCUUCUACUGGAUUCUGUACAAAAUCCUACGCCACGACGUCCACAAUCCCUAAACACAGAGCGCGAACAGGUGGGCGGAGCUUCAGCCUGACGGACAGCUACAUACGUGAUUAUAUAUUAUAUAUACAUACAUGAUAUGUACUCUACUGUCGUCAUGGAGACCAGGACGUGACAUGGACCACAUGGUCACGACACGCACUCGCUAUGCAACUGAGAGACAUCAUGGAGCAACACAACACAAAACACACCCUCACACACACUCACACACACACUCAGUCCCCCGAGCCUCCCUGGAUCUCACUCUUCGCUCUGGUUGUCUCUCUCGUGUCCUACAGCCUUGUACUGCCAGCGUUGUGUUUUAAUACAAUCCCAUUCAAAACUAAAUCCUACAAGUUAGAUAAAAGAUAAAGGAAAUACAUCAAUGUUCUUUUCUAUGACUAUAAAAUCAUUUUAUACUCCGCGAAACCGGAUCAUCCCUUAAACGAAGGCUUAAAGGAAUUUUUUUUUGAAUGAAUGAAUUUAUCCAAGUCUGAUUGAUGAGUAGGAAAAUGUGUAGCUUAUAUGCCGAAAGGUGCACGUCUUUAGUUUCAGGUUGCGAAAGUAGCUGGUGGUCUGAAAAAGUUGUUUUCUUUUUCUUAAACAUAUAGUGGGAGUAGUAAAAAUUCAGAGUAAAACACAAAGUUUGCAGAGCAACAGGACGUUUCAGUGAUCUGCUAAUUGAAUACAAUGCGGUCGGCCAUUUUGAAUCUCUAAUGAUGAACGCCUAACCUUCCUGUGUUCUCUCGAAAUGUCGUGUACUACACUGAACUUUUACUCUAUACUCUCUUUAUUGCUAUAUAGUACUGUACAGAAGUCUUAGGCACGGGUAAUGACAUGCUAGGAAGCAGCGAUGCCUUUACAAAUAAUGAAAUUAACAUUAAAAAUAUCUACUAUAAAGGGCAGUAAUCAGUCACGUAUACAAAGUCCAUAUUUUGACUCCUGGCGUAUGUCUGAAAAGAGACAUAUAUUACGCAAGAUAUUACUUUCCUAUAACGUUUCAUUUUUGUUGUAGUGCUUGGAGAUGUUUCGUUAAUGUUGAAAACAAACAAGACAAAAAUUUGUUUACAUUUCUUUUUUGGGUGCCUAAGACUUGCACAGUACUGUAUAUACAUGUGUGUGUGUGUGUGUGUGUGUGUGUGUGUGUGUGUGUGUGUGUGUGCGUGUGCUAAAUUCAUUUCCCUUUCAGUUGCAUGCACUUGACAUAGUGUGAACUUCAUGUGAAAUUGUGUAUAAUAAUAAUAAUAAUAAUAAUAAUAAUAAUAAUAAUGAUGAUGAUGCAAUGACUGUAUAUUAUCAGGCAAAGUCCAUUGUUUAUUUUGUUUUGUUAUUUAAUAUCUCUUAGUUCCACUGAAGCAGACAUGUUCUCCUGCUAUUCAAAACAUUUUCCCCCCAAUUAGUCUCCAUUAAACUCUGUUUGCACACAACUUAAUUACAUCAUAUCACACUAAAGCAGCGCUGAAAUUAAUUCAAUUGAAUCAUUUGCUUCAAACGUAUCGCUCAUACGGUAUACUUUCUUAACAUGCCGGGAUGUGUGUCAAGUUUUGGAAGUAAAGAUACUGUAAAGAUAGCCUAAUAUGCUGGAUAUAAAAUACUAGGGUUAGGAUUAGGGCUAGGGUUAACCCUAACCCUAAACGUUCAUCUGGAUCAUUUUUACUGUUAAAAUAUAAAACUAGUUAGAGCGAGACUUUACACAUGAAUACGGUCAUUUAUUUAUUUUUUCUUUUCACAAUUACAAUUAAUCUUUGCCAGUAUUUGUUUGGGAUUAGAACAUAAUUUUAUUUCAUUAUUCAUUUAUGCGAAUGAGGCGCUGUCGAAGAGAAUUUGCGUAAAUUUGCGUGCUUGUUAAAAAAAAAUAAAAUAAAUAAAUAUCUAAGUCAUUUGGAUGAUCAAAUUUUGAAAUGUUCAUGUCACCUGUAAGAUGCUGUCAAGAGGAAGACUUUGUUAGAAAAUCAUACGUUCACUGUUUAAAACCGUACAGAGAAAACAAUAUAAAACAAUGGGUUAUUUUUCAAUAUAUAAACGAAUGUAAAUCUAAUAUUAAUCAGCAUUAUGGGAAAUUCCUCUGUAACAAGCUUCGAAUUAGGAAUAAGAAUAAGAUUGCAUGAAUGCAGGUCAUCUAGAACUUUUUUUUUUGUUUUCAAGCUUCCACGUUACAUGAAACCAUUUUGAUUCUUAAGGCGAUGCUUUGGUAUUUGAUGAUACUACUGAAUCUGUUACGAUACGAUACGGUCCAAUUCGAUUCGAUUCGGUAUCCUCUGGCUGAUAUGUGACCCAUUUUUGUUCAGAAUCUGUUGUUCAGAAUUUUAAAAGUAUCAGUGUUCUGGGCACAUCAUAUCACCACUUGUCUUUUUUCAAUAAUGAUCCAUUUAGAAUUGUUGCCGAGAUUCAUUUUAGUCAUUGCCUUAUAAAUCGAUGAAUCGAUCCAAAUCGUCCAAUCAUUACACCCCUGUUAGUUUGUGUUGUUUCUAAAGUUUAUAAAGGAAAUUGAUGUGUAUAUCAUAAUGACAGAUUAUUUUAUACGGCUAUAUACAUACACUGCGUGAGCACUUUAUUACGAACACUAUAUUAAUACUGGGUAGGGCCUCCCUUUGCUCUCAAAACAGCCUCCAUUCUUCAUGGUGUGGAUUCCACAAGAUGUUGGAAACAUUCCUUUGAGAUUCGGGUCCAUGGCGAUAUGAUCACAUCACUCAAUUCCUGCAGAUUUGUCAGGUGCACUUUCAUGCUGAGAAUCUCCCAUUCGACAACAUCCCAAAUGUGAUCUACUGGAUUCAGAUCCGCUGACUGGAGAACCACUGAAGAACGCCGAACUCAUUGUCGUGCUCAUGAAAGCAGUUUUGCUUCGUGACACGGUGCAUUAUCGUGCUGGAAGUAGCCAUUAGAAGAUGGGAAAUCGUGGCCAUGAAGGGAUAAACACGGUCAGCAACAAUACUCAAAUAGUCUGUGGCAUUCAAGCCAUGAUUGAUUGGUAUUAACAGGCCCAAAGUGUUCCAAGAAAACAUUCCCCACACCGUUACACCACCUCCACCAGCCUGGACUGUUAACACAAGCUCCAUAGAUUCAUCCUGUUGGGGUCAAAUCCUGACUCUAUCAUCUGUGUGUCUCAGCAGAACUGGAGAUUCAUCAGACCAGGCUA